CCACACCUGCUACUGCUAGACAGUACUCAUGAUGACUCCUGCUACUGUGAAUAUCGCUUGCAAGUGCUCUACGUGUCUCAGAUGCCUUCUCAUGACUCCCAAAACUCAGCUUCCUCCAUGAACAACUCGCUGCUAUAGGCAAACGCUGGUUCCUUGAGGAAAUGCUCGAGCAUGCGCACCAUGACUGAGUCCAGCAUCAGGCCUUGCCUGCAAGAGUACAAGAUGAGGUCGCUCAUCGCUCUCUCCAGGCCAUCAGAAUGUCAUCAGCUAUGUACGAUACGUUGACCAUGCCUUCCGCCAUGUACGAUACACUGGCCACCACUCCCGACCUCACGACGCUCCCUUCCAUCUUCAACUAUACGCCAAACCGUCCACCCACGCCGUUCCCUUUCUAUGCGCCCAUCUGUUUCGAGAUGAGCAGCAUCCUUCCUCGUCCUACAAGCGCUCCAGCCCAGGCACGAAAGUCCCGUUCCGCUUCUAUCUCUUCGGCCUUCUUCACAUCGCGCUCCCAGCUCUCCACCCCAGACACACCCGUGGAGCCUCCCGUCGUUCAGGAACCCAUGCCCGUUCCUUUGCCUCACGCUCGUCCUUCUGUUCGCUUCCUGGAAAGUGCAGCAGCUCGACCAGUCGCUCCUCCUCCGGCCGAGGACUUUCUGACACUCCUCGAAAAGGCCGCUCGCAACUCAGUCGUGUACAAGAAGCAUGAAGAGUCACUGAAGCGGCAUGGCUUCUUUGCUCGAGAACCUCGUCAUCGUUCACCCACCAGACUCACCCAAAAGGAUGGCACCCAGCGUCCUCCAAGCCCAUUUCCCUUCGCCAACGCCGCUCAAGCGCUCGCCGAGCCUAUUCCCCCAUUGUCGCUCGACGCUCAGGCAAAACCUGGUCGCAUGGGUCUGGGCAUCAAUCUCUGCUUUGGCUUUGGUGUCGAGACGCCUCGUCGCUAUCAGACAUUUGAGGAGGAGGAAGAUACCUUCUUCAACUUCUUCAAGGAUACACACGAUUGCGUCGAGGAACCACGUUGGCCAGGUGAACCGAAACGACUUGCAAAGCCAUAUAUCUUUGUCUCGUCCAUCUUUGACAAUGUCCCUUUGCCAGUUGUGCGGAAGCGUUUGACGGGCACUGCGAGCGACUAUCCCAUUCAGGGUGAGUUGUAUGACUUUGUGGCAAAGGGCACAGAGAGUGAUGAAGGCUCGUGGGAUAUGCUCGAGGAUGAAUCGCCAGAGAGGGAUCCAGCAACACUGCCAAGGCUUGGGUGCGACUUGGACGCAGGCUGGGUCGAGGUGAGUAACUCAUUGCCAGACCUCAAGUGACGAUGCCACAAUACUGUUCUUUCUUAUCGUUUGUAUACCUAGCAUUAUUAAUCAUUGUAC